UAUUCUAUGGAUUUUCAGUUGAGUGUACCGAUUCGCAAUGGGUGAAGGUCGUAUGAGUCGGAAUCUUACAUCGGCGUGUUGGUUGUCGCUGAUCUCAUGUGUUGUUGUUAUAAUUGCGUUUUCUACGCCUGCAUGGGUCGAAAAUGAUGGGAUGCUGCCGAAUCCAAAAUUUAUAAGAUCAGGUCUAUGGGAGGUAUGCUUGGAAUAUUUUGAAGACCCUGAAUUUGAGUACGACAGGAAGUUUCUAGGUUGUUAUUGGAUUUUCAACGAAGAGCUACAUUUCAUUAGUGACGUCAUUCAUCCUCCUUUCCUCACUGCAACUCAGACGUUCUUCACCUUCUCGUUCGUCGUUACGAUCUUCAUGUCCGUUGGAGUGAUAAUGUUCAACUUCUUUUGCCCCCCGGAUCGAGAAAUCCUGGCAUUGAGAAUAAUUGGAAGCGGUUUUAUUGGUGCCGGUGUGUGUGGUACGAUCGCGGUGAUCAUCUUCGGCGCGCUUGGUGACUCAAGGGACUUCAUGCCUCACUGGGAGCACAACUAUCUGAGUUGGUCCUUCGCGUUCGCAGUUGUUGCUGUGAUCCUUGAGAUCAUUGCUGGAACCAUGUUUCUUGUUGAAAUGAGGCGAUUUAUGAAGAGGUUGUCAACUUCCUCCGGAGGUCCAGAUCCGUCUUCCACUGCGCAAGUUCUGAGAUAA